AUGUGGCGUCCACCGAUAAACUUCGUGUCUCUACACUAUACAUAUAUCAUUGUGCUUGGCUUGCUGUCAUUUCCCAUUCUCUACCCAGAUGGCACCCUCAGCGCUGUUGACACCUACCACUUUGGAGUCAGCGCAUCCACCGAGUCCGGUCUGAAUACUGUGGACCUGAAAGAGCUGAAAACCUAUCAACAGCUGUACCUUUAUUUUCUGCCGACUGUCACUAACAUUGGCUUCAUUAACAUCAUUGUUGUGAUAGGAGCAAGAGAUGUCGAAAUCAUUGGACGCGGACCACUCACUUCACCACCGCCGGGCUCUGCUUCACCAUCGGAGCCGAGAGUUUCGAGUGAGCCUACAACACAAGAUGAAGGUGUGAUUGAAAACACGGUGACCGAACGAAAGUCCUCGCCACCCCCUACUCCCCCUCUAGCCACAGACCAGGGUAAGGAUGGCGAGGGAAAUCAAAUCAACAACGAAAAGCCUUCCCAGCCUCGUGCCCACAUCAGUUUUGAUCCUUCCACGGACCAUCGGCCCAAGAAUGAUGCAACGCUUUACAUUCCGGGGCCUCGUGACCGUGACCGAGGCUAUCCUUUGAUUGAGCUGAACAACACUCUUUCACGAAGUCAUGACGAGCGCGACCCAGAUGCUAUCUCCGGAGUGAGUCUGCAACCUGGUUUGCGGCGCCGUUUUACAGAAGGCUCUAGACUUGCCGAGGCACGCUCAGUUGAUCGUGUCGCUACGUUUGCUUCAUCCAUGUUCGUCAUUGGACGAGACAACCCCCCUCGAGAACGACGAAAUUCUAUCUCUUUGCAACAGCCCGCCCUCAAUAGCCUGCCAUAUCUUUCAAAUCAAGCAACCAUCGGUCGGAACUCCCUGUUCGUGAACUUGACCUCAGAAGAUAGGGAAAUACUCGGGGGUAUCGAAUAUAGAAGUUUGAAACUCCUUCUGAAAAUCGUCAUCACUUACUUUUUUGGCCUGCAUCUCUUCGGCGCCAUCUGUCUACUUCCAUGGAUCAAGUAUUCGGAUGCCAAGUACAGGGACUAUUUGAAAGAAUGCGCGGUGUCUGAAACUUGGUGGGCCUUUUACUCGGCACAAACCAUGUUCAACAAUCUAGGCCUCACACUCACUCCAGACUCAAUGAUCAGCUUCAGAGACGCAGAAUGGCCAAUGGUCGUUAUGAGCUUUCUUGCGUUUGCUGGAAACACCUGCUACCCAAUCUUCUUGCGGCUGUCAAUAUGGACGAUGUCAAAGGUCCUCCCAAGAAACUCGGCCAUCCAAGAACCGCUCAACUUCCUCCUGGAGCAUCCGCGACGAUGUUAUACGCUACUCUUCCCCAGCAAGCAGACCUGGGUCCUCUUUGGCAUUCUUUUUGUUCUCAAUUUCGUGGACACGCUUCUCAUCAUCGUGCUUGAUCUCCAUAAUCCCGCCGUUGCUGUACUCCCGGUCGGCCAGCGGAUUCUCGCUGCGAUUUUCCAGGCUGCUUCGUCCCGCCACACCGGCACGGCGACGUUUGUCCUCUCGGAUGUCAAUCCGGCUGUUCAGCUCAGUCUUCUGGUCAUGAUGUACAUCUCCGUAUUUCCUUUGGCCAUCAGCAUACGAGCGUCAAACACGUACGAGGAACGGUCGCUCGGGAUCUAUGAGCCUCCCGAGAUUGAGGUGGACGAGUCUGAAAGCACUGGCCCAUCGUAUCUUUUGAAGCACAUGCAGAACCAACUCAGCUUUGACUUGUGGUACAUAUUUUUGGGAGUUUUCUGCAUCUCCAUUGCAGAAUCCGAUAAGAUCAUGGAUGGGGCUGAUCCGGCCUUCAACUUGUUUUCUAUACUUUUCGAAGUCACAUCUGCAUACGCCAAUGUCGGCCUGAGCCUUGGGUAUCCCAACGUCAACGUAUCCCUUUGUGGGAAAUUUACUCCGUUCGGGAAAGUUGUGAUAUGCAUCAUGAUGAUUCGAGGGCGUCAUCGCGGGCUACCGUAUGAGCUUGACCGAGCAAUCAUGCUGCCAAACGAGCGUCUUGUCGAAGGCGCAAGUGACUCUGAGGCCUAA